AUGGACGUUGAUCUCGAGUUAGGAAUGAACAUAUCUUGCAAAGAGCUGCGAGUGCUUUUACUUCAUGAAUUCCGUUUGGGUUACAAAACAACGGAAGCAACAAGCAACAUAUCCAGCACGAUGAGCAAGGAUGCACUCUUCAUUCGUACAGCGCAACAUUCGUUCAAUUGGUUCAAAAACGAUAACUUCGAACUCGACGAUUUACCUCGUGUCGGAAGACCACUUGAAGUGGAUAUGGAUGUUUUGAAGCAGCUUGCCGAAGAAGAUCCUAGAUUGACUACACGGUGUUUAGCAGAGCGACUUGGGUGCUAUCAUGCUACAGUGGAAACACAUCUGCGCGAAUUAGGCAAAACGUGGAAAUAUGGAGUUUGGAUACCACAUGAAUUAUCACCACUUCAGCUCCAACAUAGGGUUGACGCUUGUAUGAAAUUAUUGACGUCUCAUCGCAACUACCAAUGGCUCCACAAUCAUAUUACUGGCGAUGAAAAGUGGGUGUUGCAUGUUAACCACACACGCAAGCGACAGUGGCUGGGAGCUGGACAAACAGGUGUAUCAACGCCCAAAAAUGAUCUCCAUCCAAAGAAGAUCAUGCUUAGCGUUUGGUUGGGAGCAAAAGGAAUUAUUCAUUGGGAACUUCUGCCAACUGGCUGUACCAUCACUGCUGAUCUUUACUGCAAACAAUUGGACCGGGUUGCAGCAAAACUUCAGGGGAAGCAGGACAAAAUUUAUUUUUUGCAUGACGACGCCAGACCUCAUAUCGCAAAGUCGACUCGGGAAAAAUUAUUGAAGCUCGGAUGGAUUACUGUUCCACAUCCACCUGAUUCUCCAGACUUGGCUCCUACAGACUACCACUUGUACCGUUCGCCGUCCAAUCAUCUAAACGAGAAAAAAUUCGACGACGAGAAGCACCUCAAAAUGGAUCUUGCCGACUUCUUCGGCCAAAAGUCCCAGGACUUCUACGAACGUGUGAACUUUUCUCUACCAGAGCGCUGGCGACAAGCCAUAGAUACUAAUGGAGCAUACAUUGUUGAAAGCUAG